UUGAAUCAUAUGACUUCUGACACUUUUACAUUGUAAAUCGCUGCAAGCAGCAUCGAUUUUUACAAUUUACUCGUUAUUGUGUUGUGUUUUUGGUAAAAUUAGGUGAAAAUGGGUGCAUCGGCUCUUCCUUUUAUCGUAUUCACCGUUCUCUGGGGUGGAGUUGGUAUAGUGUUGCCCAUAAUUGUCCCUAAAGGGCCCAACCGAGGGAUUAUUCAAGUAAUUCUGAUGCUAACCGGGGUGUGCUGUUGGUUGUUCUGGUUGUGCUGCUAUGUAGCCCAGAUGAAUCCUCUAAUUGGGCCUAGACUAGACAAACAUAUUCUUCUGGUAAUGGCAAAAGAAUGGGGCAAUCCACUCAAAUAAACUUAAGAAAUUGCAUCAUUCCACGUUUAAUUUUUAAAUCAUUUAUCUGUGUACAUAAAAGUUAAAUUUUACCCCUUUGUUAAGAUAUUAUAAUAGAUGUAAUUUAUUAGUUACUGCUUCGCGAAGAAAUAAAUCGGUGUUUACUUGUAAAAAA